UCUAGCUUCUCUAACACACUUCUAACACACUUGAGAUCAAUUAAGUAUUAAAAAAAAAUUAAAACAAUGAUGAUGGAGGCAGAAUGGGGAUCCUUUAACGGAAUUUCUGUCAAUGAUGAGGCCGAUUUUAUGGCUCAGUUGUUUCCUAAUUGUUCGCUUGAGCAAGAACUAGAAUCGUGUAGCUUGGCACUGUCAUCCUCUUGCUACUCCGGUAUGACAGAGGAUGACAGGCUUGACAGCAGUUCAUUUUUUAGUACCGAUGAUAAGAAUUUUAAUUCGUAUUGUUUGUCCCAAGGGAGUAACUAUAGUGGUGGCAGCAGCAGUAUUACUGUUGUCUACCCUUAUCAUGAAAACUUUUGUUUGAGCGAAACUCAUCAGAUUUUUGCAGCUAAUGAUAAUAGCUGCCACUUUCCUGUUGAUUUAUGUCCAUCUGCUGCGAAAAACUUUAUCCAGCGCUUUCCAGGUAACUCGAUGGAAAGAAGUGACAGCUUGAAUUUGGAAAUCAGCUGUGGUGGCAGCUUUGAAGAUCAGCCAGAGUUAUCGGAAAAUAAGCAUUUACAGCUGAAACAAGAAUAUGAGAUGUCAGAAGUCGAGCCUGCUUCUGAGGACAGAAGCAGUGGCCUAUUUGAGAGUGGAAAGAAAAGAUCUCGAAUUUCUGAGAAAGGAAAGAGGAGUGUCAGGACAAAGAGGAAUCAGAAAAGUGGUUCUGAUGACGAAGAUAAUGCUCCUGACUUUACUAAGCAGAACUCGAGUACUAGUUCAGAAGAGCUCGAGGAAUGCAACGGGUCUCAGGAGUUGGGUUCAAAAGAGACUGCAGCAGCUGUCAAAAUGAAUGGUAAAACAAGAGCCAGCAGGGGAGCUGCAACUGAUCCUCAAAGUCUCUACGCAAGGAAAAGAAGAGAGAGGAUUAAUGAACGAUUAAGAAUCUUGCAGAGCCUUGUUCCUAAUGGAACGAAGGUUGACAUAAGCACAAUGCUUGAAGAAGCUGUCCAUUAUGUCAAAUUUUUGCAGCUUCAAAUCAAGCUAUUGAGUUCUGACGAGAUGUGGAUGUAUGCCCCUCUUGCAUACAACGGAGUGGACUUUGGUCUUGAUUCAAAGAUCAGCGCGCUGCUAUGAUGUAUCUAAAAAUAUACGGCUCUUGUAACUUCAUAACUCAUGAUACCAACACUAAUAAUAACUAAGCCCUUGUUAUCUUAUCAGUAAACUAAGUUACAAAGGCAAACAUUUUUUGCUGAAACCUGUAAGAAAGUUCAGGUGACAGUUUACAUUUGAUCUGGACUGACAUGGAUUACCAAUUUGUGUCCGUUGAUUUUUUCAUAAUGGACCUUGUUCGAAAUACAUUGUUUCUUAUUGACU